AUGUCUCAGACUUUUGUUCUUAUCACGGGCGGGAACCGCGGGCUGGGCCUUGGGCUAGUCAGAACCUUUCUUUCACAACCUCAUCAUACGGUCAUUUCUGCCAACCGUAAUCCGGAACACGCGACCUCCAAGGCGCUCUUUGACCUCCCCAAGGGCGAGGGUAGCAAUCUCAUUGUCGUAAAGUACGAUGCUGGGGUAGAGCAAGCCGCAUAUGAUGCCGUGACAGAGCUAAAGCACAAGCAUGGAAUCGACACCCUGGAUAUUGUCAUUGCCAACGCCGGGAUGGUAACAUCCUACCCGCUGGUCAAGGAUGUCAAACGAGCCGAGCUUCAGCAACACAUAGAUGUGAAUGCCUACGCUGUGGUGACGCUGUACCAGGCCACCAGGAGUCUGUUACAGAAGUCUACGAAGAAGCCUGUCUUUGCCAUUGUUGGCUCUGGAGCUUCCUCGCUUGGGAACCAACCGCCAAUUCCCAAUGCGGCGUAUGGCCCGUCCAAGAUUCUACUAAAUUGGUACGGCGUUAGAAUCAACGCCGAAGACGAAUGGUUGAACGCCUUUAUCCUGGAUCCAGGCUUUUCCCAGACGGAGAUGGGAAACAAAGCAGCAGAGUUCUUUGGCAUGGGCGAAGCUCCUGUCAAAGUGGAGGAUUCCGUGGGUGGCAUGUUCAAGGUCAUUACGACGGCGAACAAGGAGACGCACGGUGGAAAGUUUGUGUCGUAUACUGGCGAGAUUCUGCGCUUCUGA